GAUGUGUGACCGGAAUGGUGGCCGGAGGCUUCGGCAGUGGCUGAUCGAGCAAAUCGACAGCAACAUGUACCCAGGGCUGAUUUGGGAAAAUGAUGAGAAGAGCAUGUUCCGGAUCCCUUGGAAACACGCCGGCAAACAAGAUUAUAAUCAGGAAGUGGAUGCAUCCAUUUUUAAGGCCUGGGCAGUUUUCAAAGGGAAAUUUAAGGAAGGGGACAAAGCUGAACCAGCCACUUGGAAGACGAGGCUACGCUGUGCUUUGAACAAGAGCCCAGAUUUUGAGGAAGUGACAGACCGGUCCCAGCUGGACAUUUCUGAGCCAUACAAAGUUUACCGCAUCGUCCCCGAGGAAGAGCAAAAAUGCAAAUUGGGCAUGGCGACUCCUGGCUGCGUGAGCGAGAUCCCCGAGAUGGAGUGCGGGCGAUCCGAAAUCGACGAGCUCAUCAAGGAGCCUUCCGUGGACGAUUACAUGGGGGUGGUCAAACGGAGCCCCUCCCCGCCAGAGGCCUGCAGGAACCAGCUCCUCCCGGAGUGGUGGAUGCAGCAGUCUGGCGCAGGCUUGCCGCUGGUGACGGGCUACACUGCCUACGACGCGCACCAUUCAGCCUUCUCCCAGAUGGUCAUCAGCUUCUACUACGGGGGCAAGCUGGUGGGCCACGCUACCACCACCUGCCCCGAGGGCUGCCGCCUGUCCCUGGGCCAGCCGGGCCUGCCGGGCGCCAAGCUGUACGGCCCCGAGGGCCUGGAGCUGGUGCGCUUCCCACCGGCGGACACCAUCCCGAGCGAGCGGCAGCGGCAGGUGACGCGGAAGCUGUUCGGGCACCUGGAGCGCGGCGUGCUCCUGCACAGCAGCCGUCAGGGCGUGCUGGUCAAGCGGCUGUGCCAGGGUCGCGUGUUCUGCAGCGGCAACGCCGUGCUCUGCAAGGACCGGCCCAACAAGCUGGAGCGCGACGAGGUGGUCAAGGUCUUCGACACCAGCCAGUUCUUCCGAGAGCUGCAGCAGUUCUAUAACAACCAGAGCCGGCUCCCCGACGGCAGGGUGGUGCUGUGCUUCGGAGAAGAGUUUCCAGACAUGACCCCCUUGCGCUCCAAACUCAUUCUCGUGCAGAUCGAGCAGCUCUACGUCCGGCAGCUGGUGGAAGAAGCGGGGAAGAGCUGCAGCGCCGGCUCCCUGGUGCAGCCUCUUGAGGAGCCCCAGCCAGACCAGGUCUUCCGGAUGUUUCCAGACAUCUGCGCCUCACACCAGAGACCUUUUUUCAGAGAAAACCAACAGAUCACCGUUUAAGCCUCUCUCUAGGGCACCCUGUCCUGCCUACACCUCGUGCUUCAUUAUUACAAUUACUGUUGUAAUUAUUUAAGGAUGUGGAUUCCUGUGACCUGGGGCGGGAUGGUUCACUCGGCUCUUAAUUCAGUAAGGGCGUUCCCUGAGGACUUGACCUUUAUACCUGAACAGGAGAACCAUGACUCUUAAAAAAUGACCUGGAUGCUGUAACUAUAACCUGUGAUUCAAACAUUUAUUUCCCCUAAUUAUCAUUAGUUGCUAGAUUCUUUCAGCAUUUGGGGAUAAUGGAUAUUUCCAAAGACUUACCCAAUUUUACUAGCUCAUAGCUGCUUCCUGGAAAAAGAUUUGGAGAAGAUCAACUUAUCAGAACAAGGCUGCUUUUUGUCUCUACUUUGUGUUAGAGCGAUAGAUUCAUGAUUUCAUACGCUUGAUCGAUGUGGAGUAUCUUUUUUUUUUUUUAAACGUGUUAAGAUGCCGAAAUACUUAGAUAACAGUCUCCCUUCAGCAAGAGAAAGCAAAACGCCAGGCUUGUUAGAGGAGUGGACACCCUGCCUCGGAUUUCCUGCCAGGCGGGUGUCUCCAGCACCAGAUGAACUGGUGUGUCCUCACCCUCACACCACGAAAAUCUUCCCUGUGGGCCUUACUGCCAGGAAUCUUAGAGCUAAAAUUUUCAUUUCUAUAAUUAAAUCAUUCCCAGAUCCCUUGCUCUUUUCUUCUUGCUAAAUGGUUUUGACCUGUUUUAAAAAUAUGCAUACUUUUACUUGUCCUAUUGUAAACUGCUUUGAAUUUUUUUUUUUUUUUUAUAAAGUGAGCAGGCUAUAAGCCACAAAUUCAAAAAGUACUGGUAGAUUGUACAAGCAUUUUGUGCCUUCCAUUCAGCGAGCCCAGAGCCCAGGCGGUGGUGGGGGGAGAGUGGCCGUGGCUCGGGCGUAUCGGAGAGGCUGUCGCCAGCACCUGUCCUCACCACCCCGGUCCUGGGGUGGAUGGCGGCAGGGACAAUGCCUUUCCCCGACCUAGGACUCCUUGAGGUUCAAGGUGGCCGUGGGCCAUACCCAAUUCUACUGUUCAACAGAGUCCUGUGGUGAGACUCCCGACGGGAGAAGUCCCAGUUUUAGCCCCCGAAGAACUUAGGCUGUUCGCUAGCAGAGACGAUGCAUUCACUACCCCACGUGUGUCCGAACGGCAGGGGCAGGUCAGCCUUCCUGCUGGCCGUCCGGUGCCCAUGACACCUCUCCACAAUGGCUCCAAAAACACUUUCACGAUUAGAAAGCACCUCAACAUGUUUCUCUGGGGGAAAAAAGGUAUUUUGCUCAGUUCGGGUACCUCUUCCCUGUGUCCGGGGUGAUGUGCCAAGACAGGCGGAGGUGUGUGCCGUGGGCCCGGGAGCCAGCCCCACGCUCAGUGGGGACCCCAGGCAGGGCUGGGGGCUCUCCUUCCACGCUCUGGGGGGUGGGGAGAAGGAUCCUUGCCCCAUUUCUCCUUCAUAACCAGCCUGGCCACCACCGGCCCUGGCUCAGUCUCACCUGAAAGGGCAGGAAGGGGCCUUACCUGUCAAGGUGCACUUCGCGAAGAGGGAGAAGCUGGGGUUUGGGGGACAGGAUUGCCUCCUGGCAGCCUCGUAACCAUGAGUCUAAUUUAAAAUCCAAGCCCAAAAACCCCUGGUCAACAUUCCCCGCGUCCGUGUCCGUGAAGAUGACGGAGCAAGACUUUGUCUUCGUAGGUCCCUUGCGCUGUGUUUGAAUCCACCUGAAAGUAUAGGGAAAUUUAGCAAAAGUGGCUUUUCUUCUUUGGCCAACAAAGGCAGCAUCACAUUGUUAAGGAUAACAGAUCUGUUUUCUGAGAUUGUGUCCGAACAGUGGGUUUUGGUGUCUAGCUCAAACAAAUGGUAAAACAUAGAUCUUGAAUAUGCUAAAUGAAUAUUUAUUUUUGUACCCACUUAAAACGUGUAUUGAUCUUUUUUGUUCUUUAUUAAAAUGCCCUUUUAAAAGCUGA